AUUGUUGGUGUGUAACUGUCAUGCGCCCGCAGCAGAAGGCCCAGGCCAAUGGACAGACAGUGGCUGGACCUCAGGAGGAAAUCAAAGUCAUUGAGGAGAAAAAGAAACUCCCUCCUGCACCUGCACCAGCACCUGCACCAGCACCUGCACCAGCACAGCCACCUGCUGAUACAAAGACCAAGAAAAACAAGAAGAAACCAAAACCAGAGGUGAAGCCAACCCAAUAUGUUUCCUCCACCGAUGGCAAGGAACCUGAUGAAGGUAUGAAACUGGGUUACUAGACUGUAGUGGCAAGCAACUUCACAUUUUCAAUAUGAAGGUUGUUUGUUAGUGAUUAGUCCCAGAAAUUCAAAUGAGCUGCUUAUACGAGGGCUGGGCAAAAAAAAAUAAAAGUUUUUUAAAUGACAUCGAUUCGAUAUC